UUUGCAAAUUUGAAUAGUGUCGGUUUGUUUACAAGUAGAGCUACCAUAUAUCUGCUAAGAGUAAGAAACUAACCACUAACCAAUCUGUAGACUUGUCCAAGCAGUGUAAAGAUGAGUCUCUUUUGGUUUCUAUUUUUCUCUGCACAUCUUGCAAUAGCAUCUUCUCUUAAAGUUCAUUCUGCAGAUAGUGGAUUAAAGCACAAGCAACCUGACAUGCAGCUCAAAUUGUAUCAUAUGACAAGUCUCAAAUCUCCUCCAAAUUCCACAUCACUAUUAUUCGCUUACAUGUUCGCGAAAGACGAAGAACGCAUCAGGUAUUUUCAUUCGAGAUUAGCCAAAAAUUCUGAUGCUAAUGCCUCUUCCAAGAAGGUAGGUCCAAAACUUGCCGGCAUACCAUUGAAAUCAGGUUUAUCAAUGGGUUCAGGAAAUUACUAUGUGAAAAUGGGACUUGGUAGCCCUACAAAGUACUAUACCAUGAUUGUAGACACUGGUAGUUCCUUUUCCUGGCUCCAAUGCCAACCUUGUACUAUAUACUGUCAUAUACAAGAAGAUCCAGUUUUCAACCCUUCCGCGUCAAAGACCUAUAAAACCGUACCAUGUUCAUCCUCUCAAUGUUCCUCUCUCAAAUCUGCCACACUAAACGAACCAACUUGUUCAAAACAAUCUAAUGCUUGUGUCUACAAAGCAAGCUAUGGUGAUUCGUCUUUCUCACUUGGUUACUUGAGUCAAGAUGUGUUAACCUUAACACCAUCACAGACACUAUCAAGUUUUGUAUACGGAUGUGGACAGGAUAAUCAAGGUUUGUUUGGAAGGACCGACGGUAUAAUUGGUCUAGCCAACAAUGAACUCUCGAUGCUUUCACAAUUGUCUGGAAAAUAUGGAAACGCCUUUUCCUAUUGUCUUCCUACAUCAUUUUCUACACCAAACUCUCCCAAGGAAGGUUUCUUAUCCAUUGGAACCUCAUCAUUGACACCGUCUUCUUCAUACAAGUUCACUCCUUUGCUUAAGAAUCCAAACAAUCCUAGCUUAUAUUUUAUAGAUUUGGAAUCAAUUACUGUGGCAGGAAGACCUUUAGGAGUUGCAGCAUCAAGUUAUAAGGUUCCUACUAUCAUUGAUUCCGGCACAGUUAUCACAAGGUUACCUACGCCUGUUUAUACAACACUGAAAAAUGCUUAUGUGACGAUCUUGUCCAAGAAGUAUCAACAGGCACCAGGAAUUUCUCUAUUGGAUACCUGUUUUAAGGGUAGUCUUGCAGGAAUAUCAGAAGUAGCGCCGGACAUUCGGAUAAUUUUUAAAGGGGGUGCUGACUUACAACUUAAGGGUCACAAUAGCCUUGUAGAACUUGAGACGGGAAUUACUUGUUUGGCAAUGGCUGGUUCUUCUUCCAUUGCCAUUAUUGGGAAUUAUCAACAACAAACAGUGAAAGUGGCUUAUGAUGUUGGCAAUUCCAGGGUUGGCUUUGCACCUGGUGGCUGCCAGUGAUCACUGACCAAAUCAGUUUCAAUUCACAAAGCUAUGUGACAAUUUAUUAAAUAUGCUGCUUGCAAAUAUUUAUGUUAUACAAUAAAUGUGUAUGUGUUGUAUCUAUAUUGUGUAAACAAGAAAAUGAUAAUUAAAUACUUAAAUAAAAACCUGCAGUUAGUAUAGAUUGUUAAUGGGAAUUUUUACUUUGAAAGUUGAUACUUGUAUAGUGGCAUGUAUGUAUAGCUUAGCUGCAAAAUUAUGGAAUGUUUUACGAGUAAGAUAACCAUUGUUACCAAAGUCUAUGCAGCAUUGAUCAUGUCUUAAUCCUAUAA